CACACGCAGACGAAAAGAGCGGCGGUGCGCAUGCGUGGAGGAGCUGAUCGAGGAGAAGGUAGUGCUGGGUCAGCUGGGAGGGCCGGCCUGUUGCAUUGUUACGUUUUCCUUGUUUACUUGGGACCCGGAGGCGCACCCAAGGCUAUAGUAAUGUAAGAUGUCUUCUGGUGAAGAUCGCACACACCACUGGCUGCUGACCAGCCCAGGUCCAGGGGAGGCUGUAGUGGAGGAGGACCCCAUGGUGGAAGAAGACCCUCCUGCACCCCUACAUUAUCCCCUUGCCCCACAAGGGGAGGACCCCCUGGCAGUCACUCCUAGUGACACCCCAGAUGAAGGCAUAGUAUCAUCCCCUGUCAACAGCCUAGACCUAGACCGAGACUCACCUCUGGGUGGCGCCCUUGAUGAUGACGAUGAUGAUGGCCCACCCAGCAUUGAGACUCAGCUCCCAGAGAAUGUUGAUGACCUUGAAGUGUCUGGCAUCACUUCCACCUGGAUAAGCUCGGGCGGAAGUCACUAUGGCACAACUCACCCUGGGCUUGGCUACUCGGUGCUGAACAAUGAGCAGCCGGAUGCAGACUCCACGGCGCUCAGCGAGAUGCCUGGCCUGGAGCCAGGGGACUUUGGGGUUGGCCCUGUGUAUGGUCCCCACAUGCCUGGGAGCUUUAGCAGCCCCGUCCAUGAGCCAGAGAUCCUGUCCUACGGGGAUGUUGCAGAUGAUAAUGCAGUCAGUGGGAUCUGUGGCCUUCGUAACUUGGGUAACACCUGCUUCAUGGCUGCAGGAAUACAGUGCCUGGUCAACACACCUCCCAUUGCUCAGUACUUCUUCAGUCACCAUCACACCCACAACAAUAACACUGUUAAUUACUCCCUUGCUGCUCAGUUCUCUCAGCUCACACACAAGAUUUGGUGUGGCAAAUAUUCCUCUCUAAGGCCGGCAGACUUCAAGGAUGCUUUUGGCCAGCAGUGGCGGGACUUUAGGGACUACAGACAGCAUGACUGUCAGGAAUUUGUUACCCUCCUCUUGGAAACACUGCGGAAACAAAUGUGCCUCACUGAUGAUGGAGGGGGCAGGAAGGGCGUGGAAGGCAGCAAGAGCAAGAAGAUAAAGUGUGCGGCAGACAGUGGCAGUGGAGUGGCCAGCAGCAGCAGCAGCAGUAGCAGUAGUAGCAGUAGCAGCAGCAAUAGCAGAAGCAGUAGUAGCAGCAGAAGUAGUACCAGCAGCAACAACAAUAACAGUAGCAGGCCUGAGGGGAGCAGAGGCAGCCAGCACUCUUACUCCAGUCCUUCCUCCCCACAGUCCCCCCACUGCCCCACCUCCCCUCAGUCCCCACGCUGCCCACACUCACCAAGUUUACUCAAGCAACCUCUAGAACUUCGCAGUGAUUCACAUGAGGAAGCAGUUGGUCUAGACAGUGGUGCCGCCUCCCCCAAGAGCAGUGUGUCAAGCAGUUCUGUUGAUGCUCACCUAGUAAACCUGAGGCUGCAGCCCAUCCCUGAGGAGGUGCGAGCACUGGCCCCGUGCUGCCGCAUGAACACCUCCUGUGAUGACCUCUCCCUCGCUGGCACAACCAGCUGUCAUGAUGCUGAGAGUGUGGCAUCAGAUGUGUCAGACCCAGCAGAAGUGAGCAGUGCCAGUGUCCGCCGCUACAACCAGCUUGGCAGUGGCAGUGUCGGUGGUGGCAGUGGCGUCAGUGGUGAGGCGUGUGAUGGUUCCGACUGUGAUAUCAGCUCCACCUGUAACCUGGUGCCGCCAAGUGACUUGCUGACAGCAUUACCCUGUGAUAGUGUGUCUGAUGUGGAGAAGAACCACAUACAAGAAUCCCUUCGCCAGGAAAGGGCCCAGCAGCAACAACAACAGCAGCAGCAGGAAGAUGAAGCUGCCUUGAACCAGCUGUGCCAGGCUGAGCCCAGUGAGAGUCUUGGGUAUUCUGGGUCAGAUCUGCCUCACUCCUCCUUGGUCAAGCUGGAGGAUAUAAUGAAGGAGUCCAAGACAUCCAAUGUAAAUGUGUUGGUUAAGGACAACAACCCACCCAACAAUGAGCUGCUCUUUGACUCGGAGAAGUAUGCUAAGUAUGAGAAAACACGCCUCAAGAACAGCCUAGACAACCUGUGCAAGUCUGGUGUGAAGCGAGUCAAGGAAGUCAACUUGCUGCAGGAUUUACGGGGCUGCCGGCCAACAUCAUCACGGUCUGGGGAAGAACGUGACGAUGGGGACGAGAGGGACAGACUCACUAUAAACAAGCGAAUGCGGCUGGAUGAGAAGAACAUCCAGUAUGAGCUGGAGAAAUCUCAGGGGUCCAUUGUGGAGAGGACAGCAGACAGCACAAGUUCUACCUCAGGCACAGAGACUCACGCAUCACCUCAGUCCCCCUCCAGACUGUCCCAGGAGCAGCGGCAGGCUGACCUUACCUGGCAGUCCUUCGUGGGGGAGGCAAAGAGCACAGUUGUCGACACCUUCUAUGGACAGUUCAGGAGCUCGUUGGUAUGCUCAGUUUGUGGACACACGUCUGUCAAGUAUGACCCUUUUGGAACACUUUCUGUGCCUCUUCCAUAUGCUAAUCAAAUUCAGAUAACGGUGACCUAUGUCUCGAGUAGUGGGAGUCCCCCCACACGGUAUCUCAUCACCCUGUGUAAGGUGUCCUAUGUGAGCGACCUGAAGGCUUCCCUGUGUAAGAUGGCUGCUCUUGACUCCCCAGAACACUUGGUGGUGGCAGAAGUGUUUGACAAUCACAUUGCGCGGAUUGUGGAGGAUGGAUACAUGACCAAGUUCCUCAACUACAACCUGCGCAGCAUAUACACCUUCCACUUGCCACCGCCACCGCCCAGUAUUGAGGAAGAGGUUCCUCAGGCUGCUCCUCCUCCAGUUUCAGAUAAGGUGCUGAAUGUUGGCCCAGAAAAGGGAAGCUGCAGAAGUGGGCAGGAGGCAAGUGGGGGUGAGAGUGGCCGUGCUGGAGGGAACCAUUGGAGAUCGUGCACAAUCUGUCUAGAGGAGAUGUGUCAGACAGAGCUGAAGACCCACCACACCUGUGAGGCCUGCCUGCUGUGUGAUGGCUGCAUUGAGAUGUCCUGCAAGCACCAGGGUGGUGGAGAAAGCCUUUCUUGCCCAGUGUGUCAGGCCUCACUCUCCCCAGGAGACCUCAUACCUGUGGAGAGAAGAAAGAUAGAGAAGCCCAAAGCUAGAAUACUGCGCGUUCCUUUGGUCUUCCGUAUGGAUCAGGAGAGUGACAAUAACAACAAAAGGUGCAUGCAACUUCUGGGUCAUCCUGCUCUUCUGGCCCUCCCCUCCCGCCUUAGUCCAGCCACUCUCACGCAAACACUCGCGCCAAGAAUACCUCCUGGCACCAGUUACUCUCUGCUGUUUGUUGAUGGAAGGGGGUACAACUGCUCCCGGUGCCUGUUCUCCUCCCACUGUCGAGGGUGUGAGGUGCUGGGAGGGGAGGAGGUAGUGCUACAGGCUGGAGACACCCUGUGUGUGCGGUUCACUGCCCUAUCCCCUGAACACCACCAAGCACUUGCCUCUACCACUGACCACCCCUCUCUCAAUGACCUCAGGCAGAAUGUUCCACUCACACUUUAUGACUGUCUCAGAGCUUUCACACAGAGUGAGACCUUGGAAGAAGCAGACUCUUGGUUCUGCCCAGUGUGUGACCGUAAGCAGCAAGCAACUAAGACAAUAUCAGUGUGGCGCUACCCUCCCUACCUCAUCUUGCAUCUGGAGAGGUUUUUGUUCCAUGGGACAAUGAGCACAAAACUGGAUGACAAGGUGAUUUUCCCCCUGGACGGGCUGGACCUGUCAGACUAUGUAGCUGGGGAAACUAACAUCAAUCAGCUGUAUAACCUGUAUGCCUGUGUCUGUCACAUGGGAGUGGCCCAGGCAGGUCACUACACAGCCUUUGCCCGAAGCCCCGUCACAGGGGAGUGGCACUACUUCAAUGAUGACUCGGUGACAAGACAGAAGCCACGAGAAGAAGAAUACUCCACAUCUUACCUCCUCUUUUACCACAGACAAGGCACAAAUUUUGACCUUCACCUGCCUCAACAUUUUGCCUUUGUGGAGAGCAGUUUGCCCAAAACUACCCCGAGGGAGGAGGAGGAGGGAGAUGUUGGGUGCAGCAGCCAGGCCAGCCCCAGGGAUUUUAUUGGCCCCAUGCCAGCCCCAGAUGAUGUAGCGGCUCAGGGAGCGGAUGAGGGGCAGGUACAAGCACCAGUGUUCCAGAUUAACAAAAUAAUUGACAACCUAAGUGAAGACUGUGAGGAGAAGGACAACACAAUGGAGGAGUGAAGGCGUCUUCCUCAAACUAGUGAAUGGUGUUGCCACAUGCUAUGGGUGUGAUAUUGGUAGUUGUGGUGUGAGGUGGACUGUUGUUGCAUCAUGCCAGCAUAUAGUGAAAUUCCAUUUUAUUAUUCUCACUGUGUCUGAGUGUGGCUUCUAAUGGCCUUGCUGGUAAAAGGAAGACAUUCACAUGUGUUUCCUCUCUGAAACAAGGUGCUGCACAGACCUUAGGAGAAACCUGAUUGAUAGUAGAGAAGUUGCUCAGUUGCCCGUCACCAUGGGGGACAAAGUUGAGGUGUAAGAGGAUUGUUCUUGAUCUGCCAGGGGUGGUGGAGGGCUUGCACAUCAGGUUGGUUUUUGACUUUCAGCAAAUCCUGUUAAUGGUAAAGAGUUUUCCUUCUGAUUUGUUUUCAUUACAUGUAAUCCUGUUUGGUGCUCUCAGUUGGCUCCAAUGAUGUCAAAUUCAGCCUUGCUUUGGCUGCCUCAGACCUGCUGUAUACCUCCUAUACCCUUUUCGAAAAGAGUGGGAGAUAUUUGUCCCAAAAAUAGUGAAGGUUGAAUCCUUUGAUCAUAGAAAUGGGCCAAAGUCCAAUCAUUAUGCUCUUCAGGCUCCAUCAGUCACCUUACGGAAUCCUGUAAUGAACACCACUGAGUGCCGGGGAUCGAACCUUACGUGAACCACAGUACAGGAGGAAAGGCCAAGCAGGCAGCAAUGUUGGGUAAGGCUGCCCAAUACCACAACUACCUUCACAAUUAAACCUCUGAGGAAAAAGCUGAAUCAAGAAGGGACCUUUCACUCUCCUAGAUCUUCAUUCCUCACCACCAGGAGAAAUAAGACUGAAGCUCAUAACUCAAAAGACCAAGUCCCUUUGUACUCUGAAUAGUUUGUCUUGAGUUUGGCCUACACAUCAUCCUUGCACCAAAGUAGGUUCUUGUAAAUAUUCAUUACAGGACAUCAUUAUUCACCACUUGCAUGAUGCGGAGCCUCACAUAUUCCAACAGUACAGGAGUGAGAGACCAAGAUGUUGAUUUCACCUUAUCUGCCGUUCCCCCAAAACAAUGUUAUGAAACCUUGGUAUUGUUAGGCUUUAUGCCUCUCCAUAGCCCAGCAAAACUUUGGAUGCAUGGUUGUGAACACUGUGAGGGUAUGUGGUGUGUCAUUAGUUGUAUGGCCCACUGGACUGGGCAACCUCUACUCCUCUGGCUGAUGAUUUCUGUCUCUAGUCUGGAUCCCUCACCCUGCUUGGUCUGAGGGAUGGGGUUAUAUCACAGAACUCAAGAUGUAGGAUAAUGACAUAGGAGCAUGGCAGAGUCAUGCCUAUGUGCUACUGUUAAGCAGGAGGGGGAGUUUGUUUCAAAACCAAGGUCAUAGAGCCUUGAUACUUGGCCCAGUGCCUGCCCAGGGCCCAGUAAGAUUAAGUAGUCAUUUUGUAGUUGUGUGAAUGUAAGUGUGACUGGCUGUGUUUCCCAUUUUAUUGGGUGAUUAAUUUUGUCUUUCACUGUCAUACUCUUCUUGAAUUAAGACCUUGUCAUGUGGGAAGUGAAGUGAUGGUGAAGUGGAUUAUCAAGGAUGGUGUUUCCCAAUUACUCUUAUUAUAUUAGGGUUUACUACAUGAAUGUAAACUGAGUUCUGUCACAAACGGAAUGUAUACAUAUAUUUAUCUUGAACAAUUUACUUUUUUUCACGUUUUAUGAGUUUAGGGUCUCCAUUUUUGUUGUUCCCUGUCAUGGGCACCUUAGGUAGAGAAUGUGAGCAUUGAGGGGACACUGCUAGGCAUAUUAGGUUGGUCUGGACCACAGGCAUGAAGUGACUGGUGGUCCAGAGAGGGUGAGUUUGUUCCUCUUCUGUGAUAAUGGGAGAACAUAAGUACAUCACCAGUUUGUGAAGUAUUAGUUGUGUGGAGCCAGGUGAAGCUUCUACAUGGCAAUACUGCAUCUGUAUCCAUAGAAGCAAUGUGUAGGGAUUUACUUGUCUAGUUGUGCAUUCACAGUCAUCAGACAUAUGCUAAUGACACACACCAGUUAGUAGGAAAAAUAAAUUUCCAUUUUGUUUUUAAUGAAGCAAGUUUUCUGCCCUGUUCUGUACUCUUGUCUUUCACUUUGGUAUUGUGGAGCUUUAAUUAUUUACUGAGGUAGUGCGACUCAAGUAUAAAUUAGGCUUAACGUGUUGGUUGGCACGUGGUGGUGUGGGGAAGGAGUGCAGGUUAGCUGGAUGAAGCCCUGCCACAGCACUGCUGCUGAAGCCUUCUCAUUAUGGUCACUGCUAAAUGAUGCUGUCAACAAUACCCUCAGUGAACUGCAUUUGGUUCAAGAAAAGUACUCAGUGGGAGAAGUUUGUGCAAUAUAAUCACUAGAUGAAAGUAUCCAUGUUCAAUCUCUGCUGAAAUGUAAUAUAUAUUUUUAUUUUUAUGAAAAAUUGAAGCCUUUGUGGUUUAAUGUGCAUAAUAAUUAUUUAUGUUUUUGACUUAAAAGUGUUUGAAUAUGUUGCAGGAAGUUGAUGCUUUGGAUGUUUUAACAAUUUUUUAUUGAAGUUUCACAAAUACAUUAGUCACUGUAGAACAUUUUCACCCAUCGUCCUUCACUGCAACAUGUAAGUAGCCAUUACCGUAGCCCUAGUCUUUUUCUUGUAACGUUGGAUCUGACCAGUCACGAGACAGGACACAACUCAUGGGACUGACUGAUGGAGUGACGGUCUCAUGGAGGUGUGUCUUCCUCCUCACCUGUGCACCUGCGGCACAGUCAUCUCAGGGAAUGUGUACCCUAAGCUGCCUCUCUUCCACCACAGACACUGCAUCCUGUACAUACUAGGCCAGCACCCCUCCCCCUCACCACCACCCAGCAAGGUCACUAGUGUUGUAUAGUGUAGCACCUUAGUUCCCCCCCAUAGUACAAACUUUGAUUGACUCAUUUCUUGUCUCGUCUUUUUGUUCUAUGGUCUAAGCCAGUUGAUUAUCACGACAGCCUUCCCUCCUUCUCUGCUUCCCAGCCUUGAUGCGGCUCUGUUGUGUGUACCUCAUGCAGUGUCUCCAUGCAGUUCAUGUUAGCCAGUGCUUCUUGGAUCGCGCUCUGAGGCAUUGGCGUCCUUGAAGGCUUUCGGAGCAACCUUUGUGUCGCUUUUGUGUUGUAGUAAGUGAUGUUAAUACUACUGCUACUACUACUACUACUACUACUACUACUGCUACUAUCAUAUUUAUUUUGUACAGUGAGAAAUGGCCGCUCAUUAAUUUACAGCUUUGAUGAUUGUAAAUACUGUUUUACUACUAUAUUUACACUUACUGCGAAACACAAUUUUUACUAGUUGUGAAUCAUUUAGGAUCUUGUGUUAGGCAUCUGGUUAUUAUAGAAAAGUUUAAAGAAGUUUGUCAGUGUAUGAGUGUUUUGUACUUAUAUGCUUGACAGGAUGUUUAAUGUACUGAUGUGAUGACAGGUUGCCAAGUAUAACUGUCAGGAAACCCCUUUCCAAAUACACAUUUCUGCUGAUAAAAAAGAA